UCAUGUCGUUAUAAUGAACACUGUUGGCAAAAUGAGAGCAUUCAUUGAUAUAUCCGACAACACUCCAUCCCGUGGUUAACAGGAAGGCAUCAGUGUAUGCUCCUGGCUUAAUAUUUCCUUCAUGAAAGAAAAGAGGUCAAACAAGCCCAACAAUGGUGUUAUACUUUUAAUCUCCUUCAAGCAGUGGUUGAAGGUGUUGAAAUUUCACCACUCAACAUUCCUCCGGUUGGCACGCCGCUGCCCCACACACGAUGCCUUCCUCUGUCCCUCCAAUCAGAGCACGGGAGGGUGUUCACACUGCUGCUAAACAUAUCGCACGCUCCCGCCAGCAAAUGUUAAACUUAUUUCUUUUUUUAUAAUUUAAAUCAUAAUACAUACAUCUUUAGCAUCUUAUAAUAUUACAUUCACUGUAUGGAACUUUAAAAGAACAGCAUAGAGCAUGUGACAAUUGUUUAUGUGGGAGGAUAUAAUUAUUUAAAUUUUCUAUUUCUUACUUAUCACCGUUUCUUAAAUACUACUAGUAAGUCAGUUGUCUCUGCACCGUAGCUUUGAGAAAGGUACAUAUGUGAUUUCUAAAUACUAACGAAAAAUUAUUUUGACGAAGUCCGCAUGCAUGAUUUUUUUGGUAAUUCCACGAGGGCCACCACAUGGCAGGUCGAGCUAAAUGAAGGACUCAAUAGUUCAGGCUCGUGUGUCUCCCUUCCCUCGCCGCCUCACAAGAUUAUCAGCACAGACGCACCAAGGCUGUAGUGAUAGUCUCCCUGGAGACUAUCAGUGUUUUGAUUAUCUCCUUGGAGACUAUCAGUACACUGAUAGUCGUGAGCAGCACUCAGCGAUGUCCACUCCCAGGCAGAGCCGUGCCGCCCUAAAGAAGUUUCCGCCCAACACGCUCGUCACCACCUCACGGAACACUGCCACGGCGAGGAGAGUGUGUCAGACCAUCACAGCCCCUCAACACCACCACCACCACCACCACCACCACCAGCGUCAUGGAGGCUGCAGGGAGGGGCGGCAGGAAGGCACGGCGGAGACGGGCUAAGAAGAACAUGAACACUGUCGGCAGCCCUGCGGAGUGUCCAGUGUGCAUGACAGGCUAUGAUGGCACCGUACAGCGGCCGCGCACCCUGCCCUGCGGCCACACAGUCUGCACGCUGUGCGUAGAUCAGCUGAAGGUGCAGGGCCGUGUUGCCUGCCCAGAGUGCCGCGUCAGCCAUGCCGUGCCCGAGGGAGGGCAGUUCCCUGUCAGUUAUGCUGUUGAGUCCUUCAUAAGAAUGAUGAGAGACGCUGAGGUGGCUCCAGCGGCAGCAACCUCGCCGCCACCCAGUGCCGGGGAAGGGGAAGGAGCAGCAGCAGCAGCUGGCAAGAAGGAGGCGGCGGGUCUCUCCAAGAAAAUGCGUUCCUUCCUGCAGGAACAGGAGGCCACAGUUGUGGCCGCCAUCACCGCCUGCCGGGAGGCUCAGUCGCAGCUGGACCAGUACCAGACGACCCUGGCAGGCUGGCGCGAGCAGCAGCAGCAGCUGGAGGACAGGCUCCUGGGACUGGUGGACCAGAGCAGGAGUGCCAGGGAGCUCCUGCAGCAGGAAGAGUCCCGUGCGGCGGCCAAGGAGGAGGAGCUAAAGAAGGGGGAGCAGGGGCUGCAGACCGUGCUGGAGACGUUGCACACCCUUACAACAGAGCAAGAAGCAGGUGCGGCGGUGACUGAAGUGUUUCGUUGCACUGGCGAGGCAGAGCAGGCAGUGGAGGAGUGCCGAGAAGGUUUUCCUGAUGCCAGCACCGUCACCACCGCCAGGAAGGUGAACGUGGCAUCUAGUGCAACCCUGGAGACUGUCCAGGCAGCUCUGGAAACACUUGCUACAGAGGAGCCCAGGCCCCAGGCAGACCCAGACUCCACCGUCAUGGACAGACUGCACCUCAUCUGGACAGGGAGCUUAACGGCCGAGGACCUCCGCAGCCUGACGCAGCCCGCCAGGCGCCUGCUGGAGGCUGGCCGGGUGUUUGCUGUCCACCAGGCGGAAGGUCAGCGCCGACACGCAAGAAUAAGCCUUGAAGCCGGCCAACUGUGCCUCCACGCCCUGAAGGACGAUCCCACGCCACGGGGCGCGGCAACCCUGCAGGUGUGCGAGGUUGUGCCGCAAUCCCCCCCCUGCACGGUGUUCCUGGACCUGUCCUGGCCGGGCAGCGCGCCGCGGCGGGUCCAAAUCCGUCUGAGCCCCGACACCCCGCGGGGCAGACAGUUCUUACUGUUGUGCACGGGGCAGCGCGGCCCCUCCUACGUUAACACCAGGUUGUUCGGGGUGGAUAGGAAGGGGGAGGCGGGAGAGUUUGUGAUGGGCGGGGACUACGAGAGUAACGAUGGUAGUGGAUCAUCCGUCCUGCUGCCUGGCCUUGAUGAGGGUGAGUACCAGUGGUCAGGCCGCGCGGGGGAUGUGUUUGGGGUGGGGUGGACUGACCCUAUCCGGGGUGUGUUUGGUCAGUUUGGCAUCUACACCAGAGACCGUCAGGGUGGUGGUGGGUGUCCUCGUGUCUUCGGUGAGGUGGUGGACGGACUGCACGUGGUGGCCGAGGCAGCCCAACACAGGAACAUUAAGGAGGUGACUGUGGCGGACUGUGGUGUGGUGUUGUGAGGGUAAUGGCCACCACCACCACCACCCCAGCAAGGUUAUGGAGGUGACUGUGGCGUGGUGUUGUGAGGGUAAUGGCCACCACCACCACCACCACAGCAAGGUUAUGGAGGUGACUGUGGCGUGGUGUUGUGAGGGUAAUGGCCACCACCACCACCACCACAGCAAGGUUAUGGAGGUGACUGUGGCGUGGUGUUGUGAGGUCAAUAUUUGGUUGAAUUCAUGUAACAUCCUGGGUGAUAUUUUGCGUGAAGUUUCGUGCACUUCAUAAACACUUGAUGUAAUGUGUUAGUUUCUUGGGGCAUCCUUGUAGCAGCCAGUGUGAUGUUUUGUGCACUUCAUAAACACUUGAUGUAGUGUGUUAGUUUCUUGGGGCAUCCUUGUAACAGCCAGUGUGAUGUUUUGUGCACUUCAUAAACACUUGAUGUAGUGUGUUAGUUUCUUGGGGCAUCCUUGUAACAGCCAGUGUGAUGUUUUGUGCACUUCAUAAACACUUGAUGUAAUGUGUUAGUUUCUUGGGGCAUCCUUGUAACAGCCAGUGUGAUGUUUUGUGCACUACAUAAACACUUGAUGUAA